AUGCUGCGGGAACAACGGUGCCAUUUGCAAAGCGGCGUGUUGUGCUACCGCCGUAAUUAUAAUAUUUUUAACUGAUUGAUAUAAAGUGAAAAGUGACUAGUAAUUAAGAAAAACCAAACAAAUUAAGAAGAAUUUAAUUUUUCAAACUUCAAGAUGGCUACACAACCUCACAGUAGAAAACGUGUUUGUUAUUAUUAUGACAGUGAUAUUGGAAAUUAUUAUUAUGGCCAAGGACACCCCAUGAAACCCCACCGCAUAAGGAUGACCCACAAUUUGCUCCUCAAUUAUGGCCUUUACAGAAAAAUGGAAAUUUAUCGCCCCCAUAAAGCCACUGCCGAAGAAAUGACCAAAUUUCACUCGGAUGAUUACAUCAGAUUUCUCAGGUCCAUCCGACCCGAUAACAUGUCAGAGUACAACAAACAAAUGCAGAGAUUUAACGUUGGUGAAGACUGCCCUGUCUUUGACGGCCUGUACGAAUUCUGCCAACUCUCAGCCGGGGGCUCCGUCGCGGCGGCWGUCAAGCUGAACAAYCAAGCGUCUGAAAUUUGCAUCAAUUGGGGUGGGGGCUUGCAUCACGCGAAGAAAUCGGAAGCUUCGGGUUUUUGUUACGUAAAUGACAUUGUUUUGGGCAUUUUGGAGCUGUUGAAGUACCACCAACGCGUGUUGUACAUCGACAUUGACGUGCAUCACGGUGACGGUGUCGAAGAGGCUUUCUACACCACAGAUCGGGUGAUGACAGUUUCGUUUCACAAGUACGGGGAGUAUUUCCCCGGGACGGGGGACCUCAGAGACAUUGGGGCCGGRAAAGGCAAAUACUACGCUGUCAAUAUUCCACUUCGUGACGGGAUGGAUGACGAGUCCUACGAGAAGAUUUUUGUUCCGAUUAUAAGUAAGGUUAUGGAGACGUUCCAACCCAGCGCUGUGGUCCUCCAAUGCGGGGCUGAUUCUUUGACUGGCGACCGCUUGGGUUGCUUUAACCUCACAGUGAGAGGCCACGGCAAGUGCGUGGAGUUCGUCAAGAAGUACAAUCUUCCAUUUAUGAUGGUCGGGGGCGGCGGAUACACCAUUAGAAACGUCUCCAGGGCGUGGACUUACGAAACUUCCGUCGCUCUGGGGGUGGAAAUCGCCAACGAACUCCCCUAUAACGACUACUUCGAGUACUUUGGUCCUGAUUUUAAGCUACAUAUCAGUCCUAGCAAUAUGGCCAAUCAAAACACCCCCGAGUAUUUGGAUAAAAUCAAAACGCGCUUGUUUGAAAAUCUGAGGAUGUUGCCUCACGCACCAGGUGUGCAAGUUCAAGCCAUUCCUGAGGAUGCUAUUAAUGAAGAAUCCGACGGGGAAGAUAAAGUUGACAAAGAUGAGAGACUACCUCAGAAAGAUCUCGAUAAGAGAAUCGUGCCAGAAAAUGAGUUUUCCGACAGUGAGGAUGAAGGAGAAGGAGGAAGAAGGGAUAAUCGCACUUACAAAGGCAGGAAGAGACCGCGGUUAGAAAAGGGGGUUGAUGGGAAAGAAUCAACAGGUGACGAGAAAAUAAAAGAAGAAUUGAAGUCAGAAAAAGAAGAGAAAGAAGACAGUAAAGCCAACACAAUUGACGAUAUGAAGAAAGAUACGGGACCAACUCCGUGACAUACUUCUCAGUAUUCUAAAUAUAAGUGUCGUCAAUAGUUAAUUAUUUUUUCUGCCGUUCAAUACAGAGUUUUAUUGUAUUUUGAAAUCGUAUUUUUUAAGAGAAAAAACUGAAUUCACUUUUAUAACUAAUGAAGUGGAAGUUUGCUUAUGUUUCAAACGAUAAAACAUUUUGUACAAUGUUAACGUAAUAUCGUAAUUAUUCAAUGCAAUAAUCUGUGUUUCGUUGUGUACUUUUUUGUUUAGUUUGUAGAUUAUUUUGUACAUAUUCAUUCCAUUACUUGCUAUUUAUCUCAUAUCAAAAUUAAACGUUUGUAAGAUUUUUUCUGUAAAUAAAAUCUUAUGGUUUUA